CAACACUAGGCUACUACUACUACUACCUAUCUAUUUGUCUACUCUUUUUAUUAUCAUUAGCUUCCACCUUCAAUUUUCUCCACAAGAAGAAAAAAACUAUCAAAAAAAAAAAAAAGAUGGAUGAAUUAAUUGUUUCUUCUUCUUCAUCAUCAUCAUCAUUUUUUAUACCAUCUUUAGUUUCUCAAACUUCAUCAAACCUUCAACAAAAACUUCAAAAUAUCCUCAAGAUUCAAACAGAUUCUUGGUCAUAUGCUAUUUUCUGGCAAACUACAAAUGAUGAUGAUGAUGGUCAUCUUUUUUUAGCUUGGGGUGAUGGUCAUUUCCAUGGUACUAAAUCUAAAACAGGGGUUCAAUCUAGUCAACAAUCUACUGAGAGAAAAAAUGUUAUUAAAGGGAUUCAAGCUUUAAUUUGUGAAAAUGGUGAUGAAAAAGUUGAUGAUGAUGAUGAAGUUACUGAUGCUGAAUGGUUUUAUGUUAUGUCAUUAGCUCAAUCUUUUUCCAUUGGUGAUGGUGUACCUGGUAAAGCUUUUAGUACUGGUUCUAUUAUAUGGUUAACUGGUUCACAAAACCUUCAAUUUCAUACCUGUAAAAGAGCUAAAGAAGCUCAUGUUCAUGGAAUUCAAACUUUUGUUUGUAUUCCAACUUCCAAUGGAGUUAUUGAAAUGGGUUCCAAUCAACUAAUUAAAGAAAAUUGGGUCUUGAUUCAACAAGUUAAGUCCAUUUUCACCAACUCAAUUCCUCAUAUUGAUAUUGUCAAUUGUUUACAACAAAACACAAACAUCAACCCCAAAACAGAGGAAUUAGUUUCAGUUUCAGUUUCCGCUGAAUGUAAUGAUUCAGAUUCCGAUUGUCAAGUACUGGUGGAGAAGAAAACCCCGAAGAAGAGAGGUAGAAAACCAGGGGCAACACGUGAAACACCGUUGAAUCACGUUGAAGCAGAGAGACAGAGGAGGGAGAAGUUAAACCAUAGAUUCUACGCUCUGCGUUCUGUUGUGCCUCAUGUUACCAAAAUGGAUAAAGCUUCAUUGUUAUCAGAUGCUGUAUCGUACAUCAAUGAAUUAAAAUCGAAAGUUACUGAAUUGGAAACUCAGCUUACUAGAAAAUCGAAGAAACUGAAAAUCGAGUGUACUGAUAGUUUUACCAUAGACAACAACAGUACUGCUACAACAACAAAUUCAGUGGAUCAAAUUCGGCAUAAUUCAUCGUCAGCAGCAUCAUUUGGUGUCCAGAAUAAUUUAAAAUUUGAAGUUGAAGUUAAGAUUUUGGGACCUGAUGCCAUGGUAAGGGUACAAUCUGAAAAUGUAAAUUACCCAUCAGCGCGAUUGAUGCGCGCUCUUCAAGAUCUUGAACUUCAUGUUCACCAUGCCAGUAUUUCGAGUGUCAACGAUAUUAUGCUACAGGACAUCGUUGUUAAAGUUCCUAUAGGAUUGAGUACUGAAGAUCGAUUAAAAAACGCUCUAAUUAGAAGCAUAGAACAACAGUAGAAAUACUCCAUCCUUAAAUUUUAAAGCAUCAAUGUAUGUCCAAAUCUUGUUUUCGGACUUUGUAAUAAAUUAUUAUCUUUGUAUAGAAAAAAAAUUGUCAUGUAAAGAAGAUGCAAUAUUGUUGCAUGCUUGUUUAUGGAUAACUUCAUUUUAGUCUAUUCUAA